AACUAGCUUUCAAUCUGUCUUUAGAAACUUAGGAGAUUGUCAAGUCCAGAGAGCCUCGGUCGGAGAGAGUUUGGUUACUUUAAUAACAAUGGGAGUGAGAGUCAGCAAGCUGGGAAACUUUGUUGGAGCUAAAGGAAUAAAGAGACUGAGAGGGCCUCCUCCUCAUCCUCCGUUGACGCGAAAGGGUUAUGUACCAAUUUGUGUCGGUGUGGAAAAUGAGACAAAGAGGUUUAUGGUUCAUACAACGUUGCUUGGGGAUGCUGAUUUCUUGGAGCUGCUUUAUAGAUCAGCUGAGGAAUAUGGGUUCUGUAAUGAAGGGGUUUUGAGGAUUCCCUAUGAAGCUACGGAUUUUGAGGAGUGGAUUGUCAAAAGGUCCAGCCCAAAAGUUUUCGAGGUCUUUUAGUAGUUUGUUUGUUUGAUUUUGCAGUAAAUAUAUGCUCUAGCAAGGAGCAAUUAUAUAUACAUAAUUGUGAAAUUUGAGGAUUAGUAAUAAAUGUCAAAAAAUCUAAGUCAUCCAUAUCAUCUCCAUUUAAUGGCUGCAAAUAAUCCAUAUAUAUA